UCAGCAGCAGUAGGAAGGAGGCUGGGGCAUGACUCCAGAGUGCCACUCACUGCUUUUCCAGCUCCUCGCCCAGGCCAGUCCUUCCAUGCUGUCUUCAAGCCCUGCUUCCUGCACAUCUCCCCACCCAGACACGGAGAACGCAAGUAAGAAUGUCCAGUGGGCUUCAUCUAGGAGGAGGCUAUCGUCUACAGACUCGGAGCUGAAAGACCCCCCCAAACUUCCCAGGUCCCGGAGACCCAGCCGGCUGACAGUGAAGUAUGACCUAGGACACCUCCAGCGCUGGCUGGAGUUGGAGAAGUGGGUGGACAUGCAGGUCCAGGAACUCUUCCAGGACCAACCAACUCCUUGUGAGCCUGAGAUUGACCUCGAGGUGCUCAUGGAUCUAUCCACAGAGGCGCAGAAGACUCAGCUGAAGGAUAUUCUCCAAAACUGUGCCCGUCCCACAGAGCCUUUUAUCUCUGAGCUGCUCAGUCAACUCAAGAAACUCCGGAGACUUAGUCGGCCUCAGAAAUAAGUCUUGUGAGACUACCUCCAGCAACCUCAGCACUG